CGAGGAAGUCGGUGGAACUUGCUUUCCGCUGCGGGUACGAAGAUAUUGUCACAAUUAGCAGCAUCAUGUCGACUGGGGACAGUUUUGAGACUCGGUUUGAAAAAAUCGACAACCUGCUGCGGGAUCCCAAGUCGGAAGUAAAUUCAGAUUGCUUGCUGGAUGGAUUAGAUGCUUUGGUUUAUGAUUUGGAUUUUCCUGCCUUAAGAAAAAACAAAAAUAUUGACAACUUUCUAAGCAGAUAUAAAGACACAAUAAAUAAAAUUAGAGAUUUACGGAUGAAAGCCGAAGAUUAUGAGGUAGUGAAGGUGAUUGGCAGAGGUGCAUUUGGAGAAGUUCAAUUGGUAAGACAUAAAUCCACCAGGAAGGUGUAUGCUAUGAAGCUUCUCAGCAAAUUUGAAAUGAUUAAGAGAUCUGAUUCUGCUUUUUUCUGGGAAGAAAGGGACAUUAUGGCUUUUGCCAACAGUCCUUGGGUUGUUCAGCUUUUUUAUGCAUUCCAAGAUGAUCGGUAUCUCUACAUGGUGAUGGAAUACAUGCCUGGUGGAGACCUUGUAAACCUGAUGAGCAACUAUGACGUCCCUGAGAAAUGGGCACGAUUCUAUACUGCAGAAGUAGUUCUCGCAUUGGAUGCAAUUCAUUCCAUGGGUUUUAUUCAUAGAGAUGUAAAGCCUGAUAACAUGCUGCUGGAUAAGUCUGGACAUUUGAAGUUAGCAGAUUUUGGUACUUGCAUGAAGAUGAAUAAGGAAGGUAUGGUACGAUGUGAUACAGCAGUUGGAACACCUGAUUAUAUUUCACCUGAAGUAUUAAAAUCCCAAGGUGGUGAUGGCUAUUAUGGACGAGAGUGUGACUGGUGGUCAGUUGGGGUAUUUUUAUAUGAAAUGCUUGUAGGUGAUACACCUUUUUAUGCAGAUUCUUUGGUUGGAACUUACAGUAAAAUUAUGAACCAUAAAAAUUCACUUACUUUCCCUGAUGAUAAUGACAUAUCAAAAGAAGCAAAAAAUCUCAUUUGUGCCUUCCUUACCGACAGAGAGGUGAGAUUGGGCAGAAAUGGUGUAGAGGAAAUCAAACGUCAUCUCUUCUUCAAAAAUGAUCAGUGGGCUUGGGAAACACUCCGAGACACUGUAGCACCAGUUGUACCUGAUUUAAGUAGUGACAUUGAUACCAGUAAUUUUGAUGACUUGGAAGAAGACAAAGGAGAUGAAGAAACAUUUCCUAUUCCUAAAGCUUUUGUUGGCAAUCAACUACCUUUUGUAGGAUUUACAUAUUAUAGCAAUCGUAGAUACUUACCUUCAGCUAAUGCCAGUGAAAAUAGAACCAGCUCCAGUGUGGAUAAAAGCUUGGAAAGUUUACAGAAAACAAUCUACAAGCUUGAAGAACAACUGCAUAAUGAAAUGCAACUAAAAGAUGAAAUGGAGCAGAAGUGCAGAACUUCAAACAUAAAACUAGACAAGAUAAUGAAAGAAUUGGACGAAGAGGGGAAUCAAAGAAGAAAUCUAGAGUCUGUGGUAUCUCAAAUUGAGAAGGAAAAAAUGUUGCUACAACAUAGAAUUAAUGAAUACCAAAGAAAAAUGGAGCAGGAAAAUGAGAAGAGAAGAAAUGUAGAAAAUGAAGUUUCUACACUAAAGGACCAGUUGGAAGACUUACGGAAAGUGAGUCAGAGCUCACAGCUUGCUAACGAGAAGCUGGCACAGUUACAGAAGCAGUUAGAAGAAGCCAAUGACUUACUUAGGACAGAAUCAGACACAGCUGUAAGAUUAAGGAAGAGUCACACAGAGAUGAGCAAGUCAAUUAGUCAGCUAGAGUCCUUGAACAGAGAAUUACAGGAGAGAAACAGAAUUUUAGAGAAUUCCAAGUCACAAGCAGACAAAGAUUACUACCAGCUGCAAGCUGUAUUGGAAGCUGAGCGAAGAGACAGAGGGCAUGAUUCUGAGAUGAUUGGAGACCUACAAGCACGAAUUACAUCUUUACAAGAGGAGGUGAAACAUCUUAAACAUAAUCUUGAAAGGGUAGAAGGAGAAAGAAAAGAGGCUCAAGACAUGCUUAAUCACUCAGAAAAGGAAAAGAAUAAUUUAGAGAUAGAUUUGAACUACAAACUCAAGUCUUUGCAACAGAGGUUAGAACAAGAAGUAAAUGAACACAAAGUAACUAAAGCGAGGUUAACUGACAAGCACCAGUCUAUAGAAGAGGCAAAGUCUGUUGCCAUGUAUGAAAUGGAAAAAAAGCUGAAGGAAGAGAGAGAAGCUCGAGAAAAGGCUGAAAAUCGAGUUGUUGAGACUGAGAAACAGUGCUCUAUGCUAGAUGUUGAUCUGAAACAAUCUCAGCAGAAGCUAGAACAUUUGACUGAAAAUAAAGAAAGGAUGGAAGAUGAAGUUAAGAAUCUCACACUGCAGCUGGAACAGGAAUCAAAUAAACGGCUAUUGUUACAGAAUGAAUUGAAGACUCAAGCAUUUGAAACAGACAAUUUAAAAGGUUCAGAAAAACAGAUGAAACAGGAAAUAAAUACUUUAUUGGAAGCAAAAAGAUUGUUAGAAUUUGAGUUUGCUCAGCUUACAAAGCAAUACAGAGGAAAUGAGGGGCAAAUGCGAGAGUUACAAGACCAACUUGAAGCUGAGCAGUAUUUUUCUACACUUUAUAAAACCCAGGUAAAGGAACUCAAAGAAGAAAUUGAAGAAAAAAACAGAGAAAAUUUAAGGAAAAUACAGGAGCUGCAAAGUGAAAAAGAAACUCUUUCUACUCAGUUGGAUCUAGCAGAAACAAAAGCUGAGUCUGAGCAAUUGGCUCGAGGAAUUCUGGAAGAACAGUAUUUUGAGUUGACUCAAGAAAGCAAGAAAGCUGCUUCAAGAAAUAGACAAGAGAUUACAGAUAAAGAUCACACUGUUAGCCGGCUUGAAGAAACAAACACCAUGCUAACCAAAGAUAUUGAAAUACUAAGAAAAGAAAACGAAGAGCUAAAUGAAAGGAUGAGGACAGCAGAAGAAGAAUAUAAGUUGAAUAAAGAGGAAGAAAUAAAUAAUCUUAAGGUUGCCUUUGAAAAGAAUAUCAGUACUGAACGGACCCUGAAAACACAGGCUGUUAACAAAUUGGCAGAAAUAAUGAAUCGCAAAGAUUUUAAAAUUGAUAGGAAGAAAGCUAAUACGCAAGAUUUGAGAAAAAAAGAAAAGGAAAAUAGGAAGCUACAACUGGAACUUAACCAAGAAAGAGAGAAAUUUAACCAAAUGGUUGUGAAACACCAGAAGGAGCUGAACGACAUGCAAGCGCAAUUGGUAGAAGAAUGUACACACAGAAAUGAACUUCAAAUGCAAUUGGCUAGCAAAGAGAGUGAUAUUGAGCAGUUGCGUGCAAAACUUUUGGACCUUUCGGAUUCAACCAGCAUUGCUAGUUUUCCUAGUGCUGAUGAGACUGAUGGAAACCUUCCAGGUAAGAAAAAUUCUGUUCUGUCAUCUGGGUUUGCUCAUGUUUUUUAUUUUUCAUUCCAUCAUUUUGUUCUUGACUCAUUAAGAAGGAAUUGUUUUUAAUAGCCAAGACAUAUGACAGUUAUUUGCUUAGGUACAUUUUGUAAAAAUAAAAGCAGUCAUAAGCAGGCUAUUCAGAUAUACUGAGGAUGUGUAAAGAAAAGAAAAUGAUUUUUGUUUCUCAAGACAGGGUUUCUCUGUGAGCCCUGGCUGCUCUGGAACUUGCUCAGUAGUCCAGGCUGGCCUGCCUCUGCUCUGCCCCACAUUCCCCCCCCCCAACCCCUGUCCUGCACUUAGAGGUGUGCACCACUGUGCCUGACUCUGACAGAACCACAGUGGCUAUAUACAGAAAGCCUAGGCAGUGUUUUAGUGAGAAGCCUGCAGUAGUCUUUGUCAAGUUGUAAGUUUGCAGAAAUAGAGAAAAGGUGAUACUGUUGAAAGGACAGAGGGUGAGGGGAAAGCUAACCAGAAAGUAAGCACAAGUAAACGCCUGAUGUUCCUUUUCUCUGUUUCCCUAAUUAAUGUAAGUAAAAACAAAUAUCAAUAAAUAGAUACAUAGAUAUUCUUGGCUUAAUUGGAGUUCAAAUGAAGUGAAUAGGUUACAGAUACUAAAAUGUAUAGCUGGAGAGGUGGCUCAGUGGUUAAGAGCAUUGUUGCUCUUUCAGUGGACCCCGGUUCAGAUCCCGGCACCUACAUGGUGGCUUACAACAUCUGUAACUACAGUUCUAGAGUAUCCACACAGGCAACAGGCCUCCUCUGACCUCCACACAGGCAACAAACGUAUAUGUAGGCAAAAAAAAAAAAAAAAGCCACACA